AUGCCUCCGAAUCCUCCCAUCAAAUGUGCGACCUUCUUCAUAGGGCCCAAUAGUAGUGCCCAACCAGCAAAAGUCGCAGUGCAUGUUAAUCCUUGUUCCUUUGUACAUCCAUACGACCCUGGCUGGAGCCGAGCUGCCGCACCUGACGCAUCGGUCAUCAACGAAUUCCAGAAGAAGAAUCCCAUCCAGGCCCCCGAACAAUCCCGGAAGCAGCAGAUUUUGGACGACAUCUUUGGUUCAGAGAAUGAGGAGCAAUCAGCGGCAGCCAGAGCGACCCCUCGCCAUAUUCUCACCUGGAAAGAUCUAAGCGCUAAGACAGUCAAUGAGAACCUCACAUCACUCAACCUCGCUCUGCUUGGAAUAGACUUUCCCAGUCUGGAGGUACCGCAGACAAAUCAAGCCCCUCGGCAAGGACCAUCCGUCGCUUUCUCCGCUGAAGGCGCCUACGAGUAUCCCCGAGACAUUCAGUACAGCCGAUUCUUCUCCAAAAAGCUCACGUUCGCGGAAACAUGGCCCGAGAUGGACGCGAACAUACGCAAGCAAUGGAAUCAGGCACAUGGGAUGACUGUGGUCCAGGCAGCGGGUAUCGUCGGCGGACGUGUUAUCACGCAUACCGUCGCUACUGGGGUGCCUGUACCUCGGGCGGGACCCUCCUCUCCUAUGAGAGCACAAUCUCCGAAGCGAAAGCGGGACGAUAGCAGUGUGAAAGCGGAGCCGUUCACGUCCAUACUCGGCCCCUCGACAAAGCGACCGAGACUAGAAGACAAUAUCAACCUGAGACCAUCCUUGGGUGAACAGUUACGCGCGUGGAGAUCUGUGCUUCAGCCGAUGCUUAAUCCCCAGACACGGCGAGAAGCGAGCCAGGAAAAAAUGGCGGAAGUCAGCAGAAUAAUCCGACGGCUGGAAGAGGCAAAGGAUACCAUCUCCCGAGAUGCUCUCGGGAAAGUCGUCGAGCGUGGCGGUACGAAGAUCGGUCUCAUUAUUGGAAAACUUAGCCAGGCGGAAGAUCUACCACUGGAGGACUUGUUUCAUAUCCAAAGGCGUACCAGACAACUCACCAAUCACUGGACGACUAAAUUCGUGCUCGACGGGGAGGACGGUGGGGCUGGGUGACCACGGCGUUUCUGACUUUUUUACUACAAUGUCAGGGGCGUCUGUAUUGUACAGAACGUGCGUAGGGGGCAGGAAUGAU